AUGUGCUUAGGGCUUUGUAAGUAGCAGAAAGAUGAUUGGAUUUGGGGUUUGGAGGGAAGUUGACUGAUUGGCUUGAUGAUGUGUGCAGACUUCAGCCAAUAGGAGACUAGUGCGCUUUCUUUUACAAGUCAGAACAUAGCUAUAUCGGAAGUAUCACUUUUACUUUGUAUAGAAGAAGAAAACAGCUGUAAAUUACAAUGAGUGGAAGAGGCAAAACCGGUGGAAAGGCUCGCGCCAAGGCAAAGACUCGCUCUUCCAGGGCGGGCCUGCAGUUCCCCGUCGGCCGUGUUCACAGACUUCUCCGUAAAGGCAACUAUGCUCAGCGUGUUGGUGCCGGUGCUCCGGUUUAUUUGGCCGCUGUGCUCGAGUAUCUCACUGCUGAGAUCCUGGAGUUGGCUGGAAACGCCGCUCGCGACAACAAGAAGACCCGUAUCAUUCCUCGUCAUCUGCAGCUGGCGGUACGCAAUGACGAGGAGUUGAACAAGCUUCUGGGUGGUGUGACCAUCGCUCAGGGUGGUGUGCUGCCCAACAUUCAGGCCGUACUGCUGCCUAAGAAAACUGAGAAGACAGCGAAGACCAAGUAAACUGACUGGAGGUUUUCUUCAAACCAAUGGCUCUUUUAAGAGCCACCCAAUUUGUCCAUGAGAGAGUGAUUUCUUUUUUUGUCCAAUUUUUAUUUAAACCUGUCUGAUUAUAAAACAAAUUAAAUUUAAAAUAUAGCGUUUUAAACGUUUCAGAUGGUUUCGUGAAUUGACAGUUAUUUUACUCGUCACCUUUAUAUAGCACUUACAAU